AUGUAUUACGUGGAGACUCUGGGGGAGAUGGCAGACCAUGCCUGGGUACCUGGGAAAGUUACCUACCCCUUCACAGGAGGAGAGCAGUUCACAGACCUGCCUGUGCUGAGACGGAGAGGGAAACAGAGGGAAAAGGACUACAAAUACACAAUACCCAAGCGUCUGUUUGAGUCGUGGAAAGUCGGUGUGCUGGAAGCUGAGUUUCUCCUACCUGACCUGCUGAAGAAUACUGCUGUCUCUUCUUCCAUGCCCUCUAACAGUGAAGAGCGGGUGUCCUUUCCACUGCCUGAUGAAAAACCAUCCGAGGCCCCCUCUUGUUCCUCCUCUAUGCUCACUGCACCCCCCUCCCUCAGCCCUCCCCCCAACAGAAACAAACAUCCCCCUGCUGCCGACCUGGCCGAAGCGAACGACAGUAGCAGCAAAAAUAAACCCUGCCAGAAGAAGAAGAGGAGGAAGGGUUUGGCGGAGAUCUUUGGUCAUAUAGGUGGAAAUCCCACAGAGUCACUAAGCAUCCUAGACUUGGCCAACCAAAUGCCUGCUGCCACAGCUGAUCCACUGAAAGAAGAAGAUCCCAAGGACUCUCCAUACGCAGACCUGGAUUCUGUACCAACCAUUGUGCGUCCCAAACGGUCUGAGAAACCUGCUAAAGAAGACACAGAGAAACCGUCUGAACCCUCACAAGAGGAGGCAGAGAAAGGGGGCAAGAAGGAACGGGCUACUCCUCCUGAAAAGACCAAAGACAGCAGACGUCUGAUGACCAGGGCCCUGAAAGCAGAGGAAGAGACAGAUCUCAAACAGACUCUGCUGGCCUCAAGCCAAAACUUGACAAACGAUAGGCUUAAUGCACAUUCUUCUGACGACGAUGAUGAUGAUUUGAGCGAUAUUGUUCAGAUCAGAACAGAGUCGUCUACUAGCAGGGAUUCUUCACCAGACAAAACCAGAUCCUCUGCUAGCUCUCCUAAAAAACAGCCUGAGUCUGAUUGGAAGCACCUCCACAACGGCUCGUGGAAAAACUCAGAAGAUAUGACUCCAGGGUCCAGUAAGCCUGUCAUACCCUCUAUUAAGGUCAAGGAAGAGAACAUUGUCUCAGACAUAUCCUCCUGUUCUUCCUCCACCUCCUCUCUCUCUCCCAUGGACACUUUCCAGGAUGUCAAGGAGCUGUCAUUCAAAUCCCUAGUGAAGGAGGAGAGAGACUCUGGGGAAUCUAACACUAAUUUUAAACCUGAGCCUAAUUACAAGUUCAGUACUUUCCUGAUGCUCCUGAAGGACAUGCAUGAUACCAGGGAGAAAGAGGGCAAACCCCUGACCAUGCCUCCCUCGCAAGCCCUCAUCCAGGAGGAACCCAUGGUCAUAGCCACUGUCCAAGCACCAGCCGACACCCUGAACGCUGCUGCUGGCGGGGACUGGACACCAACGGGGACCAAAAUCCAAAACGGCCAGCAUGCGAGCUCGCCAACACCCAAGAGCACACCGGCCAAACCCAAGUCCAAAACUAAACCCAUCAUGAAAAACGACACAUACAAACUUGAAGGGAAAACGGUGCUGGCUCAGAUGGUGGCGAACGCGGUGGAGAAGCAGCAGCGGAGGAAGCCGAGGCCUCCAGCCAAACUCCGGGCCACCAUCGCUGGUCUCUCUACCGAGUUGGCCGACCUAGCCUGGGGGAGGGAAUUUGUCUCUGGGAACGCUGACCUGGCCGAGCCUGGCCUCAGCCCCCCUCGUCUUCCUCCUGUCCCCUCCGCCGUUGACUCCUCAUCCUACCUCGACAAGAGCCCGGGUACCAAUGUGGCCCCUAAGAAGCGCUGGCAGACGUUUGCUCAGCAGGGGCCGGUGAAGCCUGGGAAGGAUCCAGGGGAUCCGGGUGGGGUGGCCUCACCGCAGGGGCUUGCGGAAGUGAAUGGGGUCUACAGAGACUGCCAGGGAGGGACACCAGACCCCAUCAGCUCCCCUGAUCUAAACCUGGGGAUGGAGAAGCAAGAUGACACAUCAGCACAUUCUGAAAGCAAACGGCUGAGGAAACCCAGCAAAAGACUGCUGGAAUCCACAGAGGAGGAACAAUUCUUCUCCCCGAAGAAAAAAAUAAAGAAACCUCUGGAAUCUUCCAAAACUCCUCCGAGCCAUUCUUCAUCCCCAGCCCUGCUAAUGUACACCUCUACACCCAACCCCACCCCUCUCCCUACCUCUGGGGAGUCAGCCAGCCCCUCCACUGGCCCUACCUCUGGGGAGCCAGCCAACCCCACCCCUGGCCCUGCCUCUGGGGAGCCAGCCAGCCCCACCCCUGGCCCUACCUCUGGGGAGCCAGCCAGCCCCACCCCUGGCCCUGCCUCUAGGGAGCCAGCCAGCCCCACCCCUGGCCCUGCCUCUGGGGAGCCAGCCAGCCCCACCCCUGGCCCUGCCUCUGGGGAGCCAGCCAGCCCCACUCCUGGCCCUAACUCUGGGGAGCCAGCCAGCCCCACCCCUGGCCCUACCUCUGGGGAGCCAGCCAGCCCCACCCCUGGCCCUGCCUCUGGGGACCAGCCCCACCCUGGCCCUACCUCUGGGGAGCCAGCCAGCCCCACCCCUGGCCCUGCCUCUGGGGAGCCAGCCAGCCCCACCCCUGGCCCUGCCUAUGGGGAGCCAGCCAGCCCCACCCCUGGCCCUGCCUCUGGGGAGCCAGCCAGCCCCACCCCUGGCCCUGCCUCUGGGGAGCCAGCCAGCCCCACCCCUGGCCCUGCCUCUGGGGAGCCAGCCAGCCCCACCCCUGGCCCUGCCUCUGGGGAGCCAGCCAAAACCCAGACCCUAGCAGGGCUGAAACAGAGUCUGUCUCAAGAUGUCCUCCACCGCGUUAUAGAAUCAUUAUCCAAACAACCCCCAGCAGUGACCUCUUUCUCUACUGACUCAUCAUCCGAUGGGGCAAACCCUCCUCUGCCCUCUGACCCAGUAUCCCUGGAGAGGAAGAGGCCAAGGAAGCCGUCUCACAAGGUCCUGGAAUAUACCAUAGAGGAAGUGUCAGUCAGUCCUCCAAAGAAGAAGGAGUUUAAGAACCAGAGUGUACAGACAGACGUGAAAACAGAAGUCAGGGACACUCAGGUAAAGUCUGUGAAGAAAGAAGGGCCUGUAUCCAGUGUGACACCUCCAGAGAGCAUGGUUUCUCUGCAGGGCUCCUCUCCUGCCCGGCCCUCUAGCCCUACGGUGCUCCUCACCCCCAAGGAAGAGACCGAGAAGAUCAGUCCUGGGGUGGGAGGAGAGAGACACACCAACGGAGAGAGGACACCCAAACCUGAGGUGUUCUCUCCUGGUCUGAAUGACAGUUUCUCCCUACCCGGUGAAGGGUCCCUGGUCUCCAGCACUAAGAAGAACACAGCAGAGAAAGGAGGAGCUGCGUCCAUGAAGGAGAAUGUCUGUCAGGUGUGUGAGAGGACAGGUGAGCUGCUGCUGUGUGAGGGCCAGUGCUGUGGGGCGUUCCACCUGCAGUGUAUCGGCCUAUUAGAAGCCCCUAGAGGGAAGUUCAUCUGUUGUGAAUGCACUAAAGGGAUCCACACGUGCUUUGUGUGUAAGAAGUCUGGCGACGGUGUGAAGAGGUGCAUGGUGCCUGUAUGUGGGAAGUUCUACCACAACGAGUGUAUCCUGAAACACACACCCACCCAGCCCCAGAAUAAAGGGGUUCGCUGCUCCCUCCACGUCUGUCUGUCCUGCCACAUCUCCAACCCCCUCAACCCCUGCAUUUCCAAAAGUCGUCUGACCCGCUGCGUGCGCUGCCCUGUUGCGUACCACGCAAACGACUACUGCAUGGCGGCAGGCAGCAUUGUCCUGGCCAACAACAGCUUCCUGUGUCCAAACCACUUCACCCCCCGCAAGAACUACAAGAACCACGAACACAUCAACGUCAGCUGGUGCUUCGUCUGCUCAGAAGGGGGCAGUCUGCUGUGCUGCGAGGCCUGUCCUGCUGCCUUCCAUCAAGAGUGUCUGAACAUCGAGAUGCCCGAGGGGAGCUGGUUCUGCAACGACUGCAAGGCUGGGAAGAAACCACACUUCAAGGACAUCCUCUGGGUUAAAGUGGGAAGAUUCAGGUGGUGGCCUGCGGAGGUGUGUCUUCCUAAGAACAUCCCAGAGAAGAUUCUCCGUAUGAAACAUGAGGUGGGGGAGUUCCCCGUUCAGUUCUUUGGUUCUAAGGACUACGCCUGGACCUACCAGGCCCGAGUCUUCCCUUACAUGGAGGGAGAUGCCAACAACAAGGACAAGAUGGGGAAGGGUUGUGACGCCAUCUACAAGAAAGCUCUGAAUGAAACAGCUGAGCGGUUUAUAGCGCUUCAGGCUGAGAAGGAGAUGAGACAGCUUCAGGAGGACAGGAGGAACGACAAGAAACCUCCUCCCUACAGACACAUCAAGGUGAACCGACCAAUCGGCAAGGUCCAGAUCAUCACGGCGGACCUAUCGGAGGUGCCUCGCUGUAACUGCAAGGCGUCUGAUGAGAACCCGUGUGGCAUGGACUCCGAGUGUAUCAACCGCAUGUUGAUGUAUGAGUGCCACCCUCAGGUGUGUUUGGCAGGGGAGAGGUGUCUGAACCAGAGUUACACCAAGAGACAGUACACCCAGGUGGAGAUCUUCAGAACCUUGUCACGAGGCUGGGGGCUACGGGGCGUCUCCGACAUCAAGAAGGGUGCAUUUGUGAAUGAGUACGUGGGGGAGGUGAUAGACGAGGAGGAGUGCAGAGCCAGGAUCAAACAUGCUCAAGAGAACGACAUCUGUAACUUCUACAUGCUCACUCUGGACAAGGACCGGAUCAUAGACGCUGGACCCAAGGGGAACCAGGCGAGGUUCAUGAAUCACUGCUGCCAGCCCAACUGUGAGACCCAGAAGUGGACGGUAAACGGAGACACCAGGGUGGGGCUCUUUGCCCUGGAGGACAUCCCCGAAGGUGUGGAGUUGACCUUCAACUACAACCUGGAGUGUCUUGGUAACGGGAAGACGGUGUGUAAAUGUGGAGCGCCCAACUGCUCUGGGUUCCUGGGGGUCCGACCAAAGAACCAGCCAUCUAAAGCACGGGAAGGAAGGGAACUAAAGGAGGGCAAGAAGAAGGUUCUGGUGAAGAGGAAGCCUCAGCAGGAGGUGACGAAGGAGAGGGAGGACGGGUGUUUCAGCUGUGGGGACGGAGGACAGAUCGUGUCCUGUAAGAAGACAGGAUGUCCCAAGGUCUACCACGCAGACUGUCUCAACCUGGCCAAGAGACCUGCAGGCCGUUGGGAGUGCCCCUGGCACCAGUGUGACGUCUGUGGUCAUGAGGCAGCCUCCUUCUGUGAGAUGUGUCCCAGCUCCUUCUGCACGCAGCACCGUGAGGGCUUGCUCUUCAUCUCUAAGAUAGACGGGCGGCUUGCCUGCAACGAUCACGACCCCUGUGGACCCGAGCCCCUGGAACCAGGGGAGAUCAGGGAGUAUGUACCUCCUGGGGACAUGCCUCUCACCCACCCUCAGGGUCAGGUCCCACCCAGGCCUGGUUCCACCACUGCUGGUUCUAGCCCCUCCACAGUUGCCCCAGACCUGACCCAGGACUCGCUACUGCCCCCUACAGGGAGCUUGUUCCUCAACACCUCCCAGAACUCCAAUACCUCCUCAUACGGACCCCCUAGCAGUCCCUACAUGUCUGAUAGUCAAAUACUGCACUUCUCCCUUCCUUCUCCCCCCUCCUCCUACAAGGACGUGAAAGAGGAGGAGGAUGGAGAGCUGGAAGACGGACAGGUGGGUGGAUUAGAAGAGGAUGCAGAGGAGGAUGAAGAAGAGGAGGAAGGAGAGGUGAUGGAGGUAGUUGAGGAGGAAGAUGAGCAGUAUGAGGGCAGACUAGGAGAGGAGGAAGGGGGAGAUGUGUAUGACACCUGGGGGGACUACAUGGAGGAGGAGCCAGACGAUGAGGGGGGGACUCAGCCUACUACGACCCCCAAGACAGGAGCCAUGAGAGAGAACCCAGACUCAGCCUACUACGACCCCCAAGACAGGAGCCAUGAGAGAUAUCCCAGACUCAGCCUACUACGACCCCCAAGACAGGAGCCAUGA